UCGCCUGGGUAGACCGCCAAUCGCAACCCCGAGUCUUGCUGAACCCAUUUUCCCCGCAAAUCGACGGCCAGUCGCCCGCGCAGCCAAGCUCGCCCUUCCCGCCUGCGGCCGCCGCCCGUGUCGCCGAUCUCGCUGCUCUCCGGUCGGACCACGCUCUCUCCCCGCGAAACAAUCGCCGCCUCCGACGCAUCCGCAAGCCACCUUCCCCCUGCCCCCUAACUCCCUCCACCGCAUCACUGCAUCAGCCCUCCGGCGCGGACCCGCGACGCCACUGGGCAGCGGGAGCGUUGACGACACCCAAACCCAACCGACCCAACCCGCAACGCGGCGCGCCCGAAAAGGGAAGGAACUCCUAUUCGUUUCCUGCCUCAUCUCCUCGCUUUCCGCUCAAAAAAAAAAAAAAAUUCGGUCCGCAAAAAAAAAUUUCGGUCCGAAAAAAAUUCGCCGCACUGCUUAACCCACGCGAUUCGCCCCCUCAAAUUCCCCGUCCUUCUGGCUCGUUCGCCGCAUCUGAUCCGUUUCUUCUCCUCGCCGCGGAUCGAUUCGUGCGCGUGUGGCGGCUGUUGACUGGGCAUUAGGGUUGAAGCACCGGGAGGAUGGCGAGCCACGGCGCCGGGGCGGCCGCUGCAUCCGACGCCCCGCACGCUGAGGUCAUUGGCAUGGGACAGACAAAUCCAUCCCCUUAUCCGCCUAUACCUCCUGGGCAUCAUUCGUGGUCCUCUUCAACGGGGACAGCAACAGUUUCAUGGAACUAUCCAGUGGACAAACCUAGCCAAGAUACUGUUUACUAUGAUCCACAAAGGGAUGUAUCGGUUUCAGGAGGUGAUCAAAAUGUGGGAAGCAGUGCGCAUCAUACUGCCCAGUCGACUAUGGGGACGGAAAACACAACUGACUCUCAUGUACCUUACUCAAGUUCAGUUCAACAUGGCUACAACCCUGUAGAAUAUGCCAACUAUUAUUAUAGCUACCCACAAGCUACAAAUGAUUCUUCUGUCCAGCAAGGAGCAAACCAACAUCCAGGUGCAGCUUAUCAGCCUCUUACUUCAUUUCAAAAUUCAGGGUCUUACAUUGGUCCUACAAGUAACACAUAUUACAAUGCUGGGGGUCAUCAGACGGCGCCAGGAUAUGGAAGCAGCAGCUACUAUUAUCAGAACAACACAUGGAAUGGUGGAAGCUCAGGGAAUAAUUAUGCCCCAUCAUACCAAAACUACUCAUCAUCUGAUGCAAAUGCACUCCAGAGUUCCACUUCAGUGCCUGCCAAUUCGUUACCAUAUCAGCAGCAGUAUAACCAGUGGCCAUACUAUUACGAUCACUCUGUGCCAAGUGCUUCUAGCAAUCCAGUUGCUGGGAACAGUACCGCAGAUAGCAUAGCUGUUAACACCUCUUCUGGUUACUCCUAUCCUAGUAGCCAGCCACCUCCACCAGGCACUACAUCAUGGAAAAGUAAUUAUGUUGCUUCUGCUUCUGUUGCACCUCCUAUGAAGGAUUCAGGUAUUCCAGGACCUCAAAAUCAAUAUGCCAAUCAGGCAGAAGACCAGUAUAGCCAGGCAGCAGGUGUCCCGUGGUCUCAAAAUCAUUAUGCCAACCAGGCAUCGGCAUACUCUCAGAACACGUUGAGUUGGAAUCAUGCACCACUAAGAAACCUUGAAGAUCAGCGGAGGACUGUAGAUUCUAAAGGUCCAAGCUUGAAUAUUUUGUCGGUCAACCAUGUUUCUGAAAAAUUUCAACAAAACUUGCAGGGUUCUGUGACAACAGAUACUUCCAGCGAAAGCAAAAUACAGAUCCCAACCAAUCCUCAGAUUGAUCCAGGUUUCUCUAUGGUGAUGCCGAAGAGUGAGAAGAAAAAUUUAGGAGCUGAUUUAUCAAAGAAACCUGCCUAUGUUAGCAUUUCCAUGCCGACGAAUGAUGCUAAAGCAACUCAAGUUGGUUCUGACGAUAGAUUUAUCCCCUUUUCACUCCGUAAUUAUGCUAUGAGGAACCUCAAUCGUUGCAAGGAUGAUGCCCAGAGGGCAGCCUGCCGGAGUAUGAUGGAAGAGAUCAUGAGUAAAGCUAUUGCUGAUGGAACCCUUCUUACUAUGAAUUGGAACACUGAACCACUAUUUCCUUUGCCAGAAAGUGUUGUGGCUAUGACUGAGAAAAGCAAUGCAAACAAUCCAAGUCCCUUCUCGUCAGCAUCUACCCCAAGGAAACGUGUGAAAAGUAGGUGGGAGCCUGUUGUGGACGAAAAAGUUACCAAUAAGGUGGAACAAAUAGCAAAAGUGUUUGUCAAUAGUAAUAUCCACAGUACUUCGGAACCUAAAAAUAGAACGGGCGGCAGUUGGGAUCAUGGGAAGUUUCACCAGUCUCGUCAGGCACCUUUAAACAAAGUCAAUCAGAGGCCUGCCAAGAAGCAAAAGAUCUAUAGUAAUUCAAGUCAAAUACAAAAUGGAAAUGCUUCAAGUGACAGUGAUAAGGAGCACGAUCUAACCAAAUGUUAUGCCAGUGCAACCGCGCUAGCAAAUUCACCUGAGGAAAAGAAACGUAGGGAGCAUAGAUCUAAGCGUUUUGAAAAGAAUCAGGAUUCAUCAUUAAAAUCAAGAAACUCCUCUGCAAAUAAAAAUGCAGUGGAUAAUAUGCAUACCAGAAGAGCUAGUUCAUCUCUUCUUACUAGAACAUACGAAGAAGGCACUAGCAUGGCUGUAGAGGAUAUGGAUUGGGAUGCACUGACAGUCAAGGGAACAUGUCAAGAAAUUGAGAAACGAUAUCUACGCCUUACAUCAGCACCUGAUCCUUCCACGGUAAGGCCAGAAGAUGUCUUAGAGAAGGCUCUUGCAAUGGUUGAAACAUCUGAAAAGAACUAUCUUUACAAAUGUGAUCAACUGAAAUCUAUUCGCCAAGAUCUUACAGUUCAGAGAAUCCAGAAUGAACUGACCGUCAAGGUUUACGAAACUCAUGCCCGUUUAGCAAUGCAAGCUGGUGAUUUACCCGAAUAUAAUCAGUGCCAGUCACAGUUGAAGAGGCUAUAUGCAGAAGGAAUCAAGGGUUGUUAUUCUGAAUUUUCUGCUUACAAUUUGCUCUGUGUCAUGCUACACUCUAAUAAUAAACGAGACUUGCUGUCAUCAAUGGCAAGCUUGUCAAAAGAAGCCAAACAAGAUGGGGCUGUUAAGCAUGCACUUGCAGUUCAUGCUGCCGUUUUAUCUGGCAAUUAUGUCCUAUUUUUUAAACUAUACAAGCAGGCGCCCAAUUUGAACUCAUGUCUCAUGGAUCUAUAUGUGGAGCGGAUACGCUUUGAAGCUAUGAAAUGCAUGUCUAAAUCGUAUCGCCUAACUGUACCUGUGGGAUAUGUUGCACAUAUUUUGGGAUUCUUGAGAUCAGAUAGUGAAGGUUGUGUAAUCAAUGGGGAUGAUGGAUCAGAAGAAUGUGAAAUAUGGUUAAAAGCGCAUGGGGCUGUUCUUUCAGUAGAUAACGGUGGAGAGUUGCAGAUAGACAUGAAGGCUUCUGCUGCUACACUUUACAUGCCGGAGCCAGAGAAUGCUGUUGCACAUGGUGACGCAUCACUUGCCGUUAAUGAUUUUUUUGCACGAGCAUCUUAAAAGGUAUAGCAGUGACGGUUGAUACUCGGUAGUAUUGGUGCUGAGCUGUGGAUGUAUUGCACUUCUUCAGUAGAAAAUAUGCAACGGGAGCACCAGAUGAAUCAGUUCAAGGAUAGAAUCUGAGCGAGGAUAUGGUUAGCUGGUUCCGGCAUUUGCUAAUUGAUCCAAUCAUCCAGAGCUGCACUCUGAUGAGGUUCUUUGAGAAGGCAAAUUCUGAAGCAGCGUUAGCCGACACGAGCUACCAGCACAGAGCUACAUGCUUGUGUGGCGAGGGUGGCGUUGUAUCACAGAUUUACCUACCAGGCGUCGAAGUGUAGAAAAUGUUGAGAAACACGACCAAAGCUUUGACGCAUACAUGUAUUCUUUUGGGGCACCUUUCUCUGGCGGCCCUGUUGUCUGUGUAGGCUGUAGAGUGUAAACUAUUUGUUCUAUAGAAAUAUCAAUUUUUACU